AACAAGAGACAAGACAUCUCAAACCAAGAGAUGGACACCAAUUUAUGACAACAUUUAAUUUAAUUAAAAACAGGUGUGAUUUGAUAUUUUAUUAACCAAAGGUGGUCCAUUAUUUAGAUGUGAAUAUUACAGAGGCUGGAGCUUUGAGAAGUUGUUCUGUAAUCCGGAUGGAUUGGUGGACGGGGGCAGUGCGCUAGUCUCUGUCAAGCCGUGGAUCUGGGUUCCUCUGUAGCGUUUUGUGCCAGACAUUGACUGGGACAUGACUGUCUUGGAUGCAGUGAACUGACACCGCGGAGGAUUCAAUGGACUCUGGCUGGGAAUAGUUUAUGCUCUAUAUGUUGGGUCAGUAAGGAGGUGAGCGAAGCAGGUGCAACUUUCUUUGUUCUUCAAUUAUACCCGCCCGGUUGUUGAAUGCAUUUUGACGCCUUUCUGACAGAGGAACGCUCGAUGACACGAGACGACGGAGACAACUGAAAUACAGUGGAUCUUUUUGGAUUGGUAACUCUCCCUGAUCAUCCCUCAACCUUGCCCAUCCGAGUUGACCCCUUCCUACAGCCACCAUGACAUCGAACUCAUGGCCGCAGCUUCUGGCCUUCAAGCUGACCUCACCGCCUCACGACCCUGGGAGUCCAAAGUGGAUCUUCAGCUGCGACGAGGAGAUAGAGCGUCGCUAUGAGAUCGUUCCCUCUGUGGUCUGCUCCAUGUGCUGCCUCUUCGGCAUCAUAUACUGCUUCUUUGGUUACCGUUGUUUCAAGGCUGUGAUGUUCCUUACAGGCUUGAUGUUUGGCUCCGUCAUCAUCUUUCUGCUGUGUUACAAGGAGCAUGUCCUGGACACCCAGCUGAGUGUGGAGGCCUCGGUGGGCAUCGGCCUGGGCAUCGGUACCCUCUGUGGCCUGGUCACCAUGCUGGUGCGCUCCGUGGGACUCUUCAUGGUGGGGCUGUUGCUGGGAUUACUGCUGGGCAUCGCCUCACUUGUGGUAAUGGAGGAGUUCCACCACCCCCGGACGGUGUGGGUGCCCCUGGGGGUGUUGCUGGGGUCGGGCAUGCUGUUCGCCGUCCUCACCCUCCAAUGGCAGCGCUUCUUCAUCACCCUCUCCACCGCUGUGUUCGGCUCGGCUGUCAUCACCGUCACUGUGGACUACUUCCUGGAGCUGUUCGCUCUGGUCAGAUACAUGUCGGAGAGGAUCACGGUGGCUCCGCCCCGUCCUCUCUGCUGGUUCACCUGGGUCGUCAUGGGGGUGUGGCCUGUCCUGGCAUUGCUGGGGGUCCUCAUCCAAUGGAAGGUAACCGCCGAGGGAUAUUCACACACUGAGGUGGUUCUCAGCCGACAGCAGCGGAGGGUCCAGUUGAUUAGGAUCCACCAGAAGGAAGAGAGGAUGCAGAAAGAAGUGAGUAAGAAGAAGAAGAGACAGAAGCAGUACCACCACCCUCCUCCAUUUACCACCACCACCAACAAACCCCUCCUCCCUGAGCCUAUCACCUACCACAGGAAACCAAACCACACUCUACGCUUCGAUGGGGACGUGCUGUCUCCUAGUUACAUCGCUAGUUUCCGGGACAGACAAGUGGACAGACAGGGAUACCCUCACCACGGCAGGCCCAUCGCCAGGCACUACAUAGCUGACCGAGACUACGACUGUGGAUCCCAAGUACCCCUGACCGCCCCGAAUGGACCGGCUGUACGGGUGUGACAAUGACAAUGACCCAUAGUGUUCUGGAGUGGUGCUGUCGGUCCAUUCAAUGUCCAGAAAAGAUCUUCAAUGUCUGGAUUGAACGUUAAUCUCUGGACCGAUAUUUUUUCUGAAGUGCGUAUAGACGUUGAUGCAGUCCCUUACCCUUCUCUUUCGUUCCACCCUGAAGCAAUCAGUGUCCAGACUGAGAUUGACCUUUGAACCCUGGACAGACUUAUUGAAAGGCUGUUGAUGUCUUCUCUCCCUUUCCGUCCUUUAGUCUGUGGUUUUACUUGGGCUGUGUAACAUAUAAACCCUGCUGGGGUUCCUACGUCUCAGCUCCUAAGGGUGCAAGAAAGCAAAGACUGAUGUCUUCAAGACGCACUGACUGGAGUCUUCAAGAAGCACUGACUGAAGUCUUCAAGAAGCACUGACUGAAGUCUUCAAGAAGCACUGACUGAAGUCUUCAAGAAGCACUGACUGAUGUCUUCAAGAAGCACUGACUGAUGUCUUCAAGACGCACUGACUGAUGUCUUCAAGAAGCACUGACUGAAGUCUUCAAGAAGCACUGACUGGAGUCUUCAAGAAGCACUGACUGAUGUCUUCAAGAAGCACUGACUGAUGUCUUCAAGAAGCACUGACUGAAGUCUUCAAGAAGCACUGACUGAAGUCUUCAAGAAGCACUGACUGAAGUCUUCAAGAAGCACUGACUGAAGUCUUCAAGACGCACUGACUGAAGUCUUCAAGAAGCACUGACUGAAGUCUUCAAGAAGCACUGAUUGAAGUCUUCAAGAAGCACUGACUGGAGUCUUCAAGACGCACUGACUGAAGUCUUCAAGAAGCACUGACUGAAGUCUUCAAGAAGCACUGACUGAAG